AUAAAUACACUGAAAUGUUAAUAUAAUAAUAUUCUUAAUUGGUUAUGGAUUUAAACAACAAAUAUCAAAAUAUGAGUUCAGAUUCAGAUUCCAAAUCAAGUUCUUUGAAUUCAAAAGUCGAACAAGAAGAAUCAGAAUCAAAUUCACCUACUAAAAGCCGUCGAUCAACAAGUUCUACAUCAAAUGAAAUUCCAACUGUAGGAGAUAUAAAAUUAAGAAAUAAAUCAUCGGAAAAUGUUGCUUCUGGACGUUCAGAUGAUCCACCAUUAUUACUAGGAGAGAAAGUACAGGGUGUGGCUCGAGAUGUCACUUAUUUAUGUCCAUUUAGUGGUCCAGCAAGAGGUUGGUUAUCUGUCACCAACUAUAAAUUAUACUUUAAAAGUUUAGAACGCGAUACUCAGCUAGUAAUUGAAGUACCAUUAGGUGUGGUGAGUAGAGUAGAAAAAGUUGGUGGUCAAUCAAGCCGAGGAGAAAAUUCAUAUGGUAUUGAAUUAUUUUGUAAGGAUAUGAGAAAUUUACGCUUUGGACAUAAACAAGAGAAUCAUUCGAGACGUAAUGUGUUUGAAAAACUUCAGCAAUAUGCAUUUCCUUUAUCUCACAAUAUUCCAAUGUUUGCUUUUGAAUAUACUGAAACAUUUCUAGAAAAUGGUUGGAAUGUGUAUGAACCUAUGGCCGAACUCAAAAGAAUGGGUGUGCCAAAUGAUACGUGGCACAUUACUAAACUGAAUGAUGGUUAUGAUCUUUGUGAGACAUACCCUGCUAUUUUAGCUGUACCAGCUGGAGCAACAGAUGAAAUAAUAAGAAAUGCAGCAGCUUUUAGAAGUAGAGGUCGAAUACCAGUAUUAAGCUGGUUACAUUCCGAAUCUCAAGCUACCAUAACUAGGGCAUCUCAACCUUUGGUAGGUGUUGGUGGAAAGAGAUGUCGUGAUGAUGAGAGAUAUACUCAACUUAUAAUUGAUGCAAAUGCACAGUCACAUAAACUUUAUAUUAUGGAUGCAAGACCCAGUGCCAACGCAAUUGCCAACAAGGCUAAAGGUGGCGGUUAUGAACCAGAAGAUGCUUAUCAAAAUGCAGAAUUAAUAUUUCUCGAUAUACAUAACAUUCACGUAAUGAGGGAAUCCCUAAGAAAACUUAAAGAAAUAUGUUUUCCAAAUAUCGAUGAAACAAAAUGGUUGUCUGGAAUUGAAUCUACUUAUUGGUUAAAACAUAUUAAAUGUAUAUUGGCUGGAGCUUGCCGUAUUGUUGAUAAAGUAGAAAAUCAUAAAACUUCAGUUUUAGUUCAUUGUUCUGAUGGCUGGGAUCGUACAGCGCAGUUGACUGCAUUGGCCAUGGUACUUUUGGACCCAUAUUAUAGAACAAUAAAAGGAUUUGAAGUAUUAAUUGAAAAGGAAUGGCUUAGUUUUGGUCAUAAAUUUCAACACAGAAUUGGCCAUGGAGAUGAUCACCAUUCAGAUGCUGAUCGAUCACCUGUUUUUCUGCAGUUUGUAGAUUGCGUUUGGCAGGUGACAUGCAUGUUCCCAAAUGCAUUUGAAUUCAAUGAGUUAUUUUUAAUAACUAUUAUUGAUCAUUUAUAUUCUUGUAGAUUUGGAACAUUUCUUUUCAACAGUGAAAAAGAGCGUUUACAAAAAGAAGUGAAACAAAAAACAGUUUCACUUUGGUCUUACAUUAACAGUGAUCAAGAUUUAUACAAAAACCCUUUAUACUGGCCUCAGCAACACGCCCUAGAACCAGUUGCUUCAUUGCGAUACAUUAAAAUGUGGAAAGGACUGUAUUGCCGAUGGAAUCCAAGCAUGAGACCACAAGAACCAAUUCAUCAAAGAACUAGAGAACUUCUACAUAUGAAAAUGCAAUUAAUGAAAAUUUCAGAUGAUUAUAGACGAGAACUCAGACACAAAGCGUCUAGAAACACUUCUAGCAACCGUUUAACUUCUCCCAUACACAUUUAAACUAUACAAUUAUGAAUACUGCAUUACAUCUCAUCAAUUUGUUACAUCUAUUUAUUUAUGUUUUUUAUUGUUAUUAAAGAAAAAUUUUAAAUCAUUUAUGUUAUUUA